CGGGGUGUUACUGGAUAAUUAUGUGUCAGAUGAUCACCGGUUUGAAUCUGGAUAAAGCAUUUUGAAGAUGAUGAUGGAUAUAGGAACUGAAAAUUGUUUUGUUACUUUUGUGUCUGUCUGGAUUUCCUGAUUCUAGCUAGUUUGAGUUACUGCAAACAACACUUAGCGGGUCAAAUAAUUUAGAUUCUUUAACUUAUGAAACUAGAUAUUGCUGUUGAUGGGAAUUUAGUGAAUGAGUGUAUUUGUACUUUAGUUUCUACUUUAACAACUUAAAUGCGAUAUGAAAGGGGGACCAGAACUGAAGUUAUGUUACCUGAGAUUAAUUUUUUGUCUUCUUUGUUUAUUUUAAUUCUAAUCAUGCACCAAGUAUGCAUGAUCUGGCACUGUGUACUGUUGGAUCUCUAAACGAGGAUAAAUAGUUCUAUUGGAAGGUGAAGCUCUAUCAAUUCUCUAGAGUUGUGAAUUUUUCAGAGGGUUGAAGGUAUGCAGUCAAAGUCUGAAACCAAUAAUCAGCUCGAUCCAAAUGGUGCACCAUCGACGAGUAUCUAUUAUGAACCCUGGUGGCGUGGCAUGGGGUACAAUACUUUUCCAUUACCUGUGGUUGGGGGAAAUGCUUCCAGUUCAACUUCUCUUGAAUUCCCUAAUGGUGGUUCAGAGUCAAAUGAUGGCCAAUCUGUGUCUAAUAAUGAUGUAAAUGAUGAAGAAGAUGAUGUUUCUAAAGAAGUGCAAGCUACUGGAUCUCCACAUUCUGCGGGAAGCUACAGACAGGAUACUCGGAAGAUGCAGCAUGUUUCGUCCACUUUGCCAGCUAUGCACGGUGAAUGUCUGACGCAGUCUACACAACUCGAACUUGUUGGUCACUCUAUUGCUUGUGCAUCAAAUCCUUAUCAGGAUCCAUAUUAUGGAGGAAUGAUGGCCUUCUAUGGUCAUCAGCCCUUGGGCUAUCCCAUGGUUGGAGGACCACAUGCUAGAAUGCCAUUGCCCAUUGAGAUAGCACAAGACCCCGUUUUUGUGAAUGCAAAGCAAUACCAGGGAAUUUUGAGGCGAAGGCAAGCACGUGCAAAAGCUGAGGCUGAGAAGAAAUCGAUAAAAGCCAGAAAGCCAUACCUUCAUGAGUCUAGACACCAGCAUGCCAUAAGAAGGUCGAGAAGUAGUGGAGGCCGUUUUGCAAAGAAAAGCGAAGCUGACGGAAAAGAAAAGCAUUCUGAUAAAGUAAGCGAGAGUGGUUACCGCCUAAAUGACGGUUCUGAACAGCAGAAAGGAAGCUCCUUGAUGAACAAGGCCUCUGAGUAGCAAGGCAACCUGCACUGAAUGCCAAGACAAUGGCCUGAAUUGUUCAGUGGGGUAGGGAUCGAUUGCUUGUUUGUUAAAAAGUACCGAGUUCCUAGCAAAGCAUGCUAGGCGGCAAAUCAUUCUUGGCUUUGUUGUUCUGUUGCUUUGUAGAAAAAGAAAAAGGGAUGGUGAAUGACAUGUGACUUAUAGGAUCUCGUGGCUUCUUCAAAGGAUUCCUCAAAAGUCCAAGAGAUUUCUUCAUUCGAUUCUCUUUUUUUGCCUUUUUUGUACAGAGUUUAUGAUGACGUAAGGGAGUGGGAACUUUGGUCUCUUGUAUUAUAUUAGCAGAGCGUGAAACUAAAUGAAUCAUAAGGCUUAGGAUAGAUAUAGUGAUUGUGAUUCAUAAAGCUUAGACUUGAAAGAUUUUAGAUUUGAGUAUCUAAAGUUUGACGGAUUAGUGAUGCAAAUCAUAAUUUUCAGAUACAUAAAUGGAUAGAGUUUAAAUGGCUA